CCCCAGGUCCCAGAACCGGCUCGGGUACCGUGUAGCUGCUGUGUUCCGGCCGUGUGGCCGCACCCCUGCCGCUGGGAACAUGCCAGGGCUCACCUGGCACCUCAGCCUGCCCUGCGCUCUGCCCCUCCGGCUCCCUGCGUGCCUGCCCAGUCUUGAGCAAGGCGAACUACGGUGAGCUUCCCCCAUGAUGCCCUAGGGUCGCAUAACGAUGGCAGAAGUGUCCGAGGUGACUCUCGGGUGCUCCCCCACCUCCUCUUGCAGAGGCUGAAAUGUGGGCGCAGUGGCUAGAGCUCGAGCAGCCGCUGCCUUGGAGCACGAAGUGGACCUAGCGGGAGAGGGUGGUGGGCCCGGCGCAGUGUGGGAGUCAGGGGCAUCCCCGGAAGGUCACACGAGCCCGGCGGGAGUGGGAAUUGAAACCUCCCUGAGCCAGCGUGGCACGGAAGGGUGCGGUCCGGAACCGCAGAUGGGAAGUUGCUUCUGGUGUCUGGUCCCCGAGGACCCUUGGGCUGCGACAAUGAGGAAGUGGGACAGGCUGGGACACGAGCCAGUGAGGACACAGUGGGAAGAAGCCGCACUGCCGGGGACUUCCAACAGCCGAGGGCAGAGGUGGCCGUGAGGACCCCGUGUGAGCACUUCCGCAUGGGGCACGUCCGUCGCCUGUGCCCGGCCUCAAGGGGCCACUGCGCCUGGGAUCUGCCUGGCGCUCCAGGGUGCUGCUGACCUCCAGCCUCGGGGAGGGAAGGCAGAAGGAGACUGAGGGCGCAUGGGGGGUUGUGUUCCCACGCCCCAGGUCAUCCAUUUCUUCAGUCAGCUAUCUGCUCCUUCUGUUGAGACAGGAGUUCACGUAGCCCAGGCUGGCCUCCAUGACCUAAACUCGUGACUCCUGCCUCUGCUUUCUGAGUGCGGGCAUGGCAGAGAUGUGCCACCCACCUGUCCCAGGGCAUUGUUUUCCCCACACUGCCUUGGUCUCCCCUGGGGCGGCCCCCUCUGUCCCCCACAGAAACCCCAGUCUUGGUCCGGGAUGCCCCCAGGGGACGGGGGAGGCAGGUGCGGGGGGGGGGGGGCAGAGGGUUGACCCAGCGACAGCACCCUCCUGGAACCUGGGCCACUUGCCUGCCACCCAGCACCCUGAGCAGAGGUGGCCAGGACGGCUCUGCACAGUGACAGGAUGGGGGUGCGGCCCUCCAGCCCCUUGGACAAACGGCAGCAGCAGCAGCUGAGGGGUCAAGUGGACGGCCUGCUGAGGGUCUUCUUACCCUGUUACCGCAGGCAGCUGGCGACGGCCAUGCUGAGGCAGAUCUCCAGGGAGCUAGAGCCCCGGGAGACGGGCGGGCGCCAGCUGUCCCACACCAAGAAGCUGCCUCGAGUCCGGGAGCACCAAGGACCCUUGACCCUGCUGUGGGGCCACCCACCACAGUGGCAACCCACCUUCUGUGUCCUGCGUGGGGAUGGACGUCUGGAAUGGUUCAGCCAAAAGGAGGAGUAUGAGUCGGGGGGCCGUCCCCUGGGCUCCACAGCCCUGACCGGGUACACGCUGCUCACCUCCCAGCGUGAAUACCUCUGCCUUUUGGAUGACCUCUGCCCAAGCUCCUCUGGAGACCUCGCUCAGGAGGAGCCGCUGAGAGUGCUGGAGGAGCCGGUGAGCUUCCCGCUCUUCCUCGUGCACCCUUUCCGGGCUCACCUUUGCUUCUGUGCGGGCAAGCGAGGCGCGCAGCGCGCCUGGAGGCUCGGCCUGCAGGGUGCCAUCCGGCUGAGAGCCACCGUCCUGCAGCGCAGCCGGGUGCCCGCGGCCUGCGCCUUCCUGGACGCCGUGCAGCUCUUUCGACGACGCCGGGGCUUUGCCGGUGGCGACGACGCGACACUGGGCUCCGAUGCGGAGGUGCUGAGCGCCGAGCUGAUGCGGGAACUGUUGCCGGCGCUGCGCGCACAGACGCUGCGGGGCCUGCGCGGUGCGGGGCGCGCCCGGGCCCGGGGCUGCGCGGAGUUCCUCAACGCUGUGCACGCGACCGUCCUGGCCCGGGUAUCCGCAGGGCUGCGCGCAUUCCAGCCCGAAAAAGACGCGCUGCUGGCGAAGCUGGAGAGGACAGUGCGCGCAGAGUUCGAGCAGAUCAUGCAGCAGCGGGCCCAGUGCGCGCAGAAACUGGAAGCCGAGAUCCGGGACCCCCUGGAGGCAUGCCUGUGCAGCAUGGUGGAUCCGCAACUGCCCCAGCUUACCCUUGCGCUGCUGAGCCCGGUGGAAGCCACGCUCCAAACCGUUCGGACUCUCCUCAUCCGGGGCAUGGACCGGCUGUCUCACCACCUGCGCAAGAACCCUUCGGGCACACGGCUCCGCAGGGAGGUUUAUGAAUUUGGGGAGAUCCCUUGGGACCCGGAGCUGAUGCAGGCCUGCUAUCGGGAGGCGGAGAGAAACCGCGGCCACCUGGCCCAGCUGGCAGACCCGUUUGGCUUCCUGGGGAUGCGGAGCCUGGUGUUUGGGGCCCAAGAUCUUGCCCAACAGCUUAUGGCGGCCGCCGUCACCACCUUCUUAGAACUGGCUGACCAGUGUCUGACGUCGGCGCUGGACUGCGACCAGGCAGCUGAGCAGCUGGAGAAAGUCAGAGGCCUUGUGCUGAAGAAGUUCACCUCGGACAGCGAGACCGCUCGGUCGAGGUUCACCCGGGACUGGCUGCUGGGAAUCCUCUGGCCCUUUGUGUGGAGCCAGCUUGGGGUGAGCUCUAACUCGGAACAGCCUGAGGUGGAUGGGGACAUCCUGGCCAUGGGCUGCCAGGUUCUGACCACCGAGGGUGUCUGCAGGGACGUCAUCCAGGGCCUCCUUCUGCAGAGGAUCGACAGAGAGUUGAAAAAGAGUCUUGGUGCCAGUGACAGAGUGUGCUCUCCAGCUGGCUGCUCGGUAUCCCUGUGAACCAGGAAGGAGCAAACGAGGGAGCUGAGGCCCCUCCACCCACCUUUGUUUCCAAGAACAUUCCAGAGCUGGUCUUCACCCACGCCCACCCUGGUGGACAAUGGAUAAAGACCCAAGUGUGUGAACUACUUCUGGCCUUUCAACUGCGGCACAUCCAACAAAGCAUCGUAGAUUGUAUGUUCCUACUAGAAUUUGUACACUCAAGUUCUGAGCUAGCCUGGGCUACCAUAAUAAGACAUUGUAUAAUAAAAAUCAAAAAUCCAAAAAUAAAAA